GGUCCGACGAGGAGUCCAUGAUCGAGCUUAAGAAGCUCUACUCCCUGCGGACCGCUGGGACCACCUUCGUGCUGAGGUGUUGGCGCUUGCGCCUCAACAGCCUCUUCUGCUUCCAGGUGAUCGUGAUGAUGUGGCUGCGGUACACGGUGGACCUGGGCAUGGACAUCCAGGCCAUGGGGAUCUUCCUGCAGCACAAGCAGCCCUGGUUCUUCAUCCUGAACCUUUUGGGGGUCUUCCUGGGCCUGCUGUGGACCGCCUACGAGUUCUACAUGGUGAUCACGGCGCCGAAUUCCAAGAUCACCAGCACGGAGAUCUUCUUCUCGGGGCUCACGCUGCCACUGCUGGGCCAGCACGUGACCUUCCUGGCCCUGCUGUCCCUGUGGCGAGGCGAGCUGCACCCCUUCCUCUUCGUGUCAACUCUGGCAGAGGCGAUCCUGGAGUCCUCCUUCUCGUCCUUCAUCCAGACCUAUGCGGUGGUCUUCACCGAGCUCACCUGGAUACAGAGGAGCCAGCUCUACAUCUCGGUCUUCAUGUCCUUCGUGUCCAUUGGCUACGCCUUCAGCACCAUCGAUAUGUUCCAGGGGGGCCGGAUGCUGGUGAAGAUCCCCGGCUUUUGCAAGAGCUUUAACGGCCGCUUCUGCGUGGUCUUCGUGUUCCGGGUGGCCGAGAUCACCUCGCGGGCCACCAGCCUGGCGCUGUUCCAGGCAGUGACACGGCCCUACGGCAUGUUCGUGCUGAUUGCGGCGGACGGUUUGGUGAUGUCCUGCGUCACCAUGUUCUUCCAGUGCCGGGUGGGGAAGUUCGCGCCCGGGGACCGCAUCGCCUUCGUGCGUCAGAACUUCUUCUACGUGAUCCCCUCGGUGCUUUGCUGCCGAAUGGCGCCAAUGUUGGAAAAGGACUCAGUGAUCACGAUGCCGCCCAUCGUCUACUACUCCAUUAGGUUCUUGGAGCUGGCGGGCAUGGUGGCGGUGGCUGGGAAGUGGCUCGACUGGGACCUCCAGGCGAUGCGGAGCCACUUCGAGGACGACGGCUUCAUCGUGGCGGGCUUCGCGGUGAGCACCGUGCUGAUGUUGGUGCUGGUGGUGCUCAUCCGGACGACCCUGAGCGUGCGAUGCUUGAUGGAUAGUCCGGCGGAGGUGUGGAGCGAGAAUGAGUUCAACAACGUGCAGCACGCGCUGAAGAACCGCAUCCUCGAGGCCCACAUCCCGGACCCGAAGGCCAUGAGGAUCGUGUCCAAGGUCCUGGAGCAUCACCCCAAGUUCACCAGCUCUGAAUGCUUUGGCCCCGCAAGGGAAGCAGGCCUGCCCAGCUGCAAUUGGGACUCCACCUUCCUGCGCGCCAGAGUGAUCUACAACAUCAAGAAGGCCAUGCUGGCGCUGGAGGGCUAUGACUUCAGCAAGGCGAAGAAGCGCUCGCGGAGCUCCCUGCAGACGGGGGGCCUCGUCUCCAUCCGCUGCUCCGCGGGGCAUCUGACCACCAAGUGCGACCAGAUCGUGGGCCAACUGUCCAACGACUUGUCGAACCAGAAGUUUGUGCUGGAAUCCACGGAUCCCCACAUCCAGGAGCUCCUCAUCUCUGGCCAGCCGAUCCGUCUGAGGGCGCUGGAGUCUGGGCAACUGCUGGGCCUCGAGAAGGAAGGCGACGGCUCCUUUUCGCUGCGCAGCAGGGCCGCGUGGACCGAGGAGGAGGCGACGUCGUUUUCGGUGGCGCUGGUCCAUGAGGAGAUCUACCGCUCUGCAUCCAGGUUCAGCCAGUUCGUGCACAUGGGCGAUGACCUGGAGGUGGACGAGCUGCGCUUGGUGAAGCGCCGGGGCCAGAAUUUGAAGGGCUGGGACAGCAGCGGGUGGACGGUGCUGGCCAUCAACGGCCAGAAGGCCACACGCGAAGAGGUGGACGACAUUCUCGCGAAGGCCGGCAAGGCGACCAAGUACGCCAAGAUGAUGUCCAGCGUCUCCGGCGGCUCUGAUGGCGACAGCAACCUGGAGCUCUCCUCGCUGAAGCCCGGCGAGGAGGCGGCUGCCCGAGGGGAGUACAUCGUGCAGUUCGUGAGGACGGACAAGGAGACGCCUGUGGUGGCUGGGAGCAAGGUCUUCCUGCACCAUGCGGGGGGCUGGACCAGCGCUCCCAUGGGCAUGGCCCAAGGCUUGGAUGCGGAGGACGAGGUCUCGCGGCCCCGCUUCGUGGAGGGCGAGUUUGGCCUGACCUUCGCGCUGGAGCGCGCGGAGUACGGCAGCAAGGAUGAUGAGAGCAUCUUCCAGUGGGCUGCGGAUAAGAUCAGCGUGCUGGCGGACACGGUGCAGCAGCAGGAGUCCUUCGCUGAGAAGUACCGCACCUUGACGGUGGUGGCCUGCAAUGCGCGCACCGUGGACGUGGAGGGUGUCGCAGGAAUCCUGCAGCAGGACCUCCAGCUUCACUUGCGGGUGCUGUCGAACUUGCUACAGCCCAUUCGCUUGGAGAAGGACAUCCGGAUCGAGUUUGAGGACCUGGAAGAGCUGACCAUGGACGUGCGGUUUCCCUUGGCUGUGGAGGAGGAGGAGAUGAACCACCCCAUCUUGAUCGAGGCUUGGGAUGAUGAAGACGAUGAGUCCCACCCCACGCGCGCCGCGGGGGUGCAGCCGGGGGACGAGCUUCUGCAGUUGGAGCUCAUCGACUCGGACGGCACCAUAAAGAAGAUCAGCUCCCCCGCAGAGAUGCGGCAGCUGCUCAUCGACUCGGACGAGCACGACGAGCUGGCGGUGGCCACCUUCCGGUGCAAGGCCCACGCCAAGGCGGAGGAGAGCAACGACACCGUGAAGCGCGCCGUGGCGCAGACGGAGCCCAUCGCCACCCUGCUGCCCACCUGGCAGGAGAUCACCAAGGGUGCUAAGGCGUGCGUGGAGCAGGGGGACUUCGAGAACCUCAAAGAGGCGGUCCUGAGCCGAACCUUCCUCUUCCGCGGCAAGUGCGAGGUGGUAGAGUCGCUGACCUCCGCGGGCUUCGGUCUGCACCACGACGACUUCGCGGCGCGCUGCGUGGAGCUCCACCGGCGCUUCGACCCGCUGCCGGAGCCGCGGCUCUGCGAGUUCUUCCCCGGCAGGGCCAACGCGGAGCUCAGGGACGAGGUUCUAAUCCAUCAGCUGGAGGUCCUGACCAACACCUGGCGCACCUUGCCGCGGCUGGUCAAGGAGGACAUGCCGGAGGUGCUUCGCGCCCUCUUCCGCCCCAAUGUGGAGCUCGAGUUGGCGGAGGACGCGGUGAAGGUGCUGAUGAAGCAGUGGGACCCCAGCGAAGCCAAGUCGGACGGGGACGACAGCUUGAAGAUGCCGGAUCAGCUGGUGAAGUUCUUCUCGAGCUUCAAGCCGGCCUCCGACGAGAACCUGGCGGACCGGCAGCUGUCCAUGUUCUGGAUCGUGCGGUGCUGGCAGGUGGACCGAGUGCAGCAACGCAAGGUUCAGGCGCUGGUGGCAGACAUUGGGCGCAUGUACGAGAGCGCGGAGAAGUUCUGGGAGCGGCGGGUGAAGGAGGCGCACCACCACGCGGAGGUGGCCCAAAAGCAGCUUGAGGAGGCGGUGAAAAAGGAGAACAUCAAGGUGGUGCUGUGCUCCUGCAUUUCCGACCUGGAGAAGGUGAAGAGCAUCCUAGGGCCCGACCUCAUGUUGAAGCAGGACUGCAAGAUCGGCGACUCCGAGAAGGUGCCGAAGGGCAAGUGCCUGGUGUGGUCCCAGGGCGCGGUGCUGGAGUACUUCCGGACCAGCACCGCCCCCAGCGACGCCAAGAAGGCGGAGAUCCAGAAGAACCUGCCGUCCCUCUACAAGGGCAAGGACGUGCGCCUGCUCUUCAGCGGCCUGGACUUCGACAAGCACUACGAUGAUGCCCAGUCGGCGCUGGAGACGCUGUCCAUGUACCUCUCCAAGGCGAAAACCGCGGGGGAGGCCUUCCCGGGCAUCAAGCAGAUCCUGGACGACCUCUCGG